UUGGGCGCGCGCCGGAGCCGAGCCGGGGCACUCUGCGCGCCCGCCGGCCCGGGAGCUGCACGGCCAGGCGGAGGCCGGGACUCCGCGCCCCGGCGCGGGGAGGAGGGCGAAGGCGCGAGGCGAUGGCUCCGCGGGCACUGCGGGGCUCCGCCGCCCUCGCCGCUGCUGUCUUCCUGGGAGGCGCCGUGGCUUCGCCGUUGGUGGCGUCGGACAAUGGGGGCGGCCACACGCUGCACUCCAGGACGGAGACCACGCCGUCCCCCACGAACAACGGGGGCCAUCCCGAGUACAUCGCCUACGCGCUGGUGCCCGUCUUCUUCCUCAUGGGUCUCUUUGGGGUUCUCAUCUGCCACCUGCUCAAGAAGAAAGGCUACCGGUGCACCACGGAGGCGGAGCAGGAGAUGGAGGAGGAGAAGGUCGAGAAGAUCGAACUCAACGACAGUGUCAACGAGAACAGCGACACCGUGGGGCAGAUCGUCCACUACAUCAUGAAAAACGAAGCCAACGCGGAUGUCUUAAAGGCCAUGGUGGCAGAUAACAGCGUGUGCGACCCUGAAAGCCCCGUGACGCCCAGCACUCCCGGGAGCCCGCCCGUGAGCCCCGGGCCCCUGUCGCCGGGGGCCACGCCGGGGAAGCACGUCUGCGGCCACCACCUGCACACGGUGGGCGGCGUGGUGGAGAGGGACGUGUGCAACCGGUGUCGGCACAAGCGCUGGCACUUCAUCAGGCCCGCGGCCAGGUCCAGAGAGGCGCGCCCGCGGCGGCAGGGCGAGGUCACCGUGCUCUCGGUGGGCAGGUUCCGUGUCACCAAGGUGGAGCCCAAGGCCAGCCAGAAGGAGCGGAGAAGUCUGAUGUCCGUGGCCGGAGUGGAGAGCAUCAAUGGGGAGGUGCCCGUGACGCCCGUGAAGAGAGAGCGCAGUGGCACCGAGUAGCAGGAGUGGUUUUACCUGAAGACUCCCCAGCCUCUGAAAACUUGAGAGAGAGGAAGUUGCCUAGGGAAUACUUUUUUGCUACCUUUUGUACAGUUUCUCUCAGAGGCGGCAGGCGUGUGGACGACACGAAAGAGAAUGUCGUGGCUAAGCUGUGUGUAAAAUCGCUCGGAAGCAGUUUUUUGCGAAGUUGCUAGGAAAAAUGGGUUAUUUUUCCAGGGACUGAAAAGCUCCUUUUUGAUCUUCUCAAUCACCCCCCGGCCACGGCCCUUCUCAGUCCCUCCCUGGCCCCCCCCCCCCCCCCAUCUUCCUGGGGCUUGGCUACACGCUGCAAUCUUUCCAGUACUCUCACUCUGUACAGCGGGGCGAUUUGUGUACAGUCUGAGUGUGUGUGUGUGUGUGUGUGUGUGUGUUCGCGCGUGCAAUAUUCACAUUCCACUUUGCUCCUGAGUUAAGGGAUCCUGUUACAGUUUCACAGUUACGGACAAACUAGACUCGGGUGGUGAAAGCCUCGGGCGCCAGACUCUGGGUUCCCAGGCCUGCUGCGGCCACGCUGUUCUCCGGCCACCCGGAUGCUGUUGUCAUUCUUACGACGCUCAGGCUAAGCGGCUUAGUCUUUGAGUAAAGGGGGAUGUGGCUUCAAGCCUCCUUCUCCACCCUGCUUCCUUCUGCUGUCUUGGUUGUGUCGGCCCGCAGGCCAGCGGGGCAAGUGCUGCGGGCAGGUAUCAGAAGGGUGGAGAACGCUUUCAUUGUGAAAACCACUUGUAAAACGUUUCCACAACCCCGGGCCAGAACAGAACCCCACAUGUCCACUGCUGGGGCAACACGGCCAGCGUGGUCUCUGCCACAUUUCUCCUGGGAAGCUGCGGGCUACUUUUCCUUUUCCUGAAGUAACGCUCAUCACCUGCCACCCUUGGCGGUCUCUUUCCUGGGGGCCCAGAAAAAAAAUACUUGUUGCUUUUUUUUUUUUUUUUUAAAGCUUCAUAGUUUACACACCUAAAAAGACUCGGACGCCAAGAUGGUAAUGCAUUUAUGGUAGGUCCAAGCCACAGGGUCCAUAAGGGGUCCAGCCCCAGGAAAUAGUCCAGUGAGGUCCAGUGAGGUCCAGAUGAGGAUGCAGCAGUGUUGGACCCGGGGCAUUUCUGUCUCACAGACAAAAAGCACCUUUUCUCAUGUGACUUCCAAAAGACAGUUUUCACAAACAUGUCCUUCAGAGUAUUUACGGUAAAUAUACUCAUUCCAUUCUGUCUGCCGUCCAGUUAAAAAUGUCUAACUUUUAAAACAAGCGGUAGGUGUGGUCUCAUGUGAAUUCUUACAGUGAAUUGAAAGACGUGGGUGUGUGCGUGUGCGUGUAUGGUGUGUGUGUGUGUGUGUGUGUGUGUGUGUACACGGGUACAUCACAUACAUAGGAGACUAGAGGAAAUCAGUGGGGAAAUAAAUUUGAUUGAGGUCCCAAAAGUAUCAAUAUAGAGAUUUUUUGGAGUGUGUACUAGUGUAAAUAACAUAUGCAGUCUAGCCGGUAGUUUUAGUAAAAAGAGAAAACAAAAAAAGCAUCAUUUUGGCCUGGGGUGGGAUGUAGGGACUUAGAAAAUACACCCUCAAAACGGUGAGGGGUGGACUGUAAGCUAUUGUACAGCUUUAAUUAUUUUUGAACUUUAUUCAGGUUAGAGCACUUUGUUUCAAUAGCAAUACAACAAGCAAAAGAAUACGCAAAGAUAUUUAAAAUUGUAUUUAUACCGAGAGUGCGUUUUAAAUAUUUUCUAAUACUUGAGUAGUUUCUGUCUGGCUGGCUUCCGACAUGCCAAAAGCUAAGCAUCGAAUAUUUUCAACACAUAAGCUUUGUACUGGUUUAUACUCUACUAAGAAUCCUUAAGUGUUCCCAAGGCGGCUGAUGUUUACAUGCUCCGGGCUGGUGGGGCCCACACACGCUCACCCCGACGCAAGACACUAACCACCGCCCCCCGGCCCGGGACACGCAGACAUGAGUUGGCUACCACCUCGAUGUAAAAAUUUGUAAAGGAAACCUUUUCAGCAUUUUUUCAGUGUCAAAUGUAUUUUUAACUGUCUGGUUUGUACUUUUCCGACUUUUGUACUACCAAAGCAGAGUUAAAAAUAAAAAUGUUUCAGUAUGGUC